AUGGUGUAUGUGGAGCCUAUCAAGGGACUGCCAGAACUUGAUCUCGAUAAUCUGGUUAUGUUGAACGUUUAUUGGAACAACGGUCUAGUUUCGCUGACUGCAAAUGGCGAUAUUACUAAUCUUCCUACUUGGCUUUUAGGAGAGACACUAGAUGAGUCAGGUAAGCUCUAUACUGCUACGUCUUGCGUUGUUAUUGCCGUCGAUAGGGGGGCAAAUAUUACUCAAAUUCUUCCGCCUAUGAAUUACGCUAUUUUGUUCAAUCCGUUGACAUCGUAUAAACAAUAUUGUUCGUCCAGUGACUACGUCCACGAUUCGGUGCUGCUCGACUACUGUGACGCAGGUCAAUCUUGGGAUCCCUUAUCCAUCUUGCCCGCCGGUAGGAAGGCGUCUACUAACCUUACAUCGUUCUUGCACUAUUCAGGGAUAUGGGGAGACUUCCAAUACCCCGACGACCAUCCACGCCAGAAAAUCGUACCGUACUUUGGUCUGAAGGGCUAUGUCUCUGGCCCAACUGGACCGAAUACGAAGCAGCUCGUCAGGAAGGGGCUCUUUCCUGAUCAUCUGGAAAGGAGGAAUCUUUUGGGUUGGAGAGCUUGGAUAUCGGGCAUCGCCUUCAUUGGGUUAACGGUCUGCCUUGUACUCGGCAUCAAGCGCUCUUUGAAAUGA